AUGGGCUGGACCGUGUGCAAUGCCACCGCAGAGCAUCAGACGAUCUCGGAAACGGAUCUUUGGGAUGGCGGCAUUACCUUCCACUCCCUUAGCUUGAUCGUCGGCGGCGUAUGUGCCCUGCUGGCCUGCCUCGUCUCCAUCUUCCUGAUUAUGGGUCAUGCGACACAUUAUAGCAAGCCCAUACACCAGCGCCACAUUAUUCGCAUUCUAUUUAUGGUACCCGUCUACUCCAUCGUCGCCUGGCUCAGUAUCCUCUUCUACAAUGAUUCCGUCUAUUUCGAGGUCAUCGGUGACUGCUACGAAGCCUUCUGUAUCUCCGCCUUCUUCUCCCUAAUGUGCCACUACAUUGCCCCCGACCUACAUAGUCAGAAGGACUAUUUCCGUAGAAUUCAGCCUAAGGCGUGGCUGUGGCCGUUGAGUUGGUUCCAGAGCUGGAAGUGUUGUUUCGGACACCGCGGGGCGUGGAGAAACCCGCGCAGUGGGUUGACGUGGUUUAACAUUAUCUGGGCUGGUGUUUUCCAGUACUGCGUCAUGCGGGUUUUGAUGACCAUCGUCUCGGUCAUCACACAAGCCACAGGUACCUAUUGUGAAGAGUCGCUAAGUCCGGCCUUUGCGCAUAUUUGGGUUCUCGUCAUCGAGGCUGUCUGCGUCACCAUCGCCAUGUACUGCCUGAUUCAGUUUUACCUCCAGAUUAACAAGGACAUCGCGGAGUACCAUCCCUUCGCGAAGAUUUUAUCCAUUAAGCUGGUGAUCUUCUUGUCAUUUUGGCAAUCGACGUUCAUCAGUCUACUCAUCUCUAGCGGAGCAGUGAGCGCAACCAAAAAGGUUGCGAUUCAGGAUCUAAAGUAUGCUUUGCCGGAGUUGAUGAUCAACAUUGAAAUGUUUCUCUUCUCUAUCAUGCACCUAUGGGCCUUCUCCUGGAAGCCCUAUGCCAUUACCAACGCGAAUCAAGGCGAAGUGAGCGACUUCUUCGGCAACGGCAAAGCAACCUAUGAGGGUGGCCGCUACGGCAUGAGAGCCCUGGUUGAUGCAAUGAAUCCUCUUGAUCUGUUCAAAGCAGUUGGUCGCAGUGUGCGUUGGCUCGCCGUUGGACGCAAGCACCGUAUGGAGGAUCCCAGCUAUCAGGCACACCACGAGAGCAUUGGCCUUGAGCCCCCGGACGCUGGAGUCGUAACCAAUGCAACGGCAUACACAGGUGCUGCCGUGGUGCCUGGUGGCCGAACAACUCGUUACGCCGCAGACGAGGAAGGCGAGAUUCUCCUCGCUAAUGCGCAGUCUAACCCCGAGGCUGCACACCUGGGCACUUCACCGUACGCAUCCGAUUCUGAUAGUUACAUGCAUGAGCAUGAGAAUCCGGGCCGCUUCUACAAUAAUGACACCGCCUCUUCCUACGACGAUCUCGACCACCGCAACCCGUACCUUGCACAACAUGACGCACAACACCUCUACCCAGCCGAUGGUCCCCUCCGCGAAGCAGUCCCCAUGCCAAUGCCAGAUCCAUAUCGGCCACCACCACCCUAUCCCGAUGAUCAUCACUCAUGA